GUAUGAAUCCGUAUUAGUGGGCCUCGGCUCAAUUUUUUAUCACUUUUAUUCGCAUUGAGCUACUUGUUUUGGGUGCCAGAGGGUUUCGGCUCGGCUCCCAGACGGCGCAGUAAAACCUCCGGAGCGAAUUAGAGCCGAGCGUUAAGCCGACAGAGAGAGAGAGAGAGACCGGGGUGGCGCGGAGGCAAAAGACAAUACAGAUUGUCACCCCUUACAGUGUAUGUGUGGCAACAACAUGUCUGUGCCGCUGCUCGCUGAGGCUGUGACGGUGUCCGGGACGGAGAAGGAGACCGCAGCGGUGAUCUUCCUUCAUGGCUUAGGAGACUCAGGGCACGGUUGGGCAGACGCUCUGACGGCGAUCCGGCUGCCACAUGUCAAGUACAUCUGCCCCCACGCGCCCCGAAUCCCCGUCACUCUCAACAUGAAGAUGACGAUGCCCUCGUGGUUUGAUCUUAUGGGUCUGAGGCCAGACUCUCCAGAAGACGAAGCUGGAAUCAAGAAGGCAGCAGAGAACAUUAAGGCCAUAAUUGACCAUGAGACCAAGAAUGGGAUUCCUCCAAAUCGUAUCCUGCUUGGUGGCUUCUCUCAGGGCGGGGCCUUGUCCUUGUAUACUGCCCUGACUUGCCAGCAGCAGUUGGCUGGCGUUGUGGCUCUCAGCUGCUGGCUACCGCUUCACAGGUCUUUCCAAUCGGCGACGAGCGCCAGCGGGUACAAGAACGUGCCCAUCCUGCAGUGCCAUGGGGAGAUGGACAUCAUGAUCCCCAUGCAGUUUGGGGCCAUGACGGCAGAAAAACUCAAGACCAUAGUGAACCCUCAGAUGAUCACCUUCAAAACCUACCCAGGGCUCCAGCACAGCUCCUGUCCUCAGGAGAUGGCGGCUGUAAAGGAAUUUAUCGAGAAGCACUUGCCCCGGAUCUGACCUCACCUUGUCCCCACUGUGACCCCCUAGACACUGACCUCUCACCCUCGACCUGCCAUUCUCCCACAGGAAACAGCCAUGAGCACCCCCUCUCCCACACACAUACACACACACUGACAAAAUAACACACACAUGCAUGAACACACUAACACACACAUACAUACUCACAUUCAGAAACACUGACUCACACAGUACAUCAGUACAUUCCUUUGGGCUUUAUUUCAGCAACUACUGUCUUUUCCAUUCACCCCCCGUCUCUCCCACUACCUCCAUUCCUCCCCUCUUUCCUCAUUCACUCCAUCACUUUCCAUCCUUUCUACACUUGUCACAUCACCCAUCCCCUCUACCACCUCCCAUAGCUGCGUGUUUCACUUUAGUAAGUCAGUUUGUGUGGGGGGAAAAUAAAAAACAAAACAAACAAACAAAAAAAACAAUAUAGAAUGAGUCAGUAAGCUAGUUAUCUGCUGGGCUGCUGCCGCCCCUCUGUGUUAGAGUAAUAUCUGCUUUGGCAGCAGUUAUUGAGGAUUCCUAUAGUCGAAUAACAUGGAGUCUGGCUGAGGGUGAGGCUCGGGUCCAGUGAGCACUGGGUUUAGGUUUUUUUUUUUUUUUCCUCUCAAAACCUGAUGUUCUGGAUCCAUCUGGAGUGACUGCACCCCUCCAACCCCACAACGGUGCACCACAGCCUGUCCAGGAUGCCCCUUAUUUAAAAUGCUAACAACCCCAACCUACUCCUUUCUGACAUUUUUUUUUUUCUCUUGGAUUAUGUUAAAAUAUCUUGCAUUAUACCAAGAAAGUCACACUGAAAUAAACUCAUCGAUGAAGACCUGUGGCACCAUGUUCUGUUUUUUCACUGUUUUAGAAACUGCAUUAAUCAGUUUGGUGAAGGAGCGGGGGAGUCUUUUCUUUUGAAAACCCUUUGUUCUCAUUAUAUGAUCAGUUGAUUUUUUGUUUUUCCUUUUACCGAUUGACAUUGCAGGCAUUGUUGUAUGAUGUUAUCCCACAGCGUUGAACACUGUAUCACUCCAGAUGGUUGCAGAGCCACACAGACUGCACUCAGCAACACCAACACACAGCAUGAAGUCAUUUCACUGUCCAUCCCCCCCCAAAACCCAUUCUCCCCUUAAAUCAUCCUCUCCUGCCCCCGGGAACCUCCUUCCUCCUCUCCAUUCAGUCGCGGUUGAUUUGAGACGGUCUUGGUCCUUUUUAAAUUUUUGUAGAAUCUCAUUUCUGCAUCGUUAUAUAAAAAAAUCAGCAUGGACCAUCCAUUCCCUCGAUAGGAAAAUAUUUACUCCCUCCCCGUCCUUCGGCAACUUACAGGAACCUACUAAUAUUACAUGAAAGGUCAGACGUAAAGUUAAACCCAGCACUGUUGUAUUUCACCUCUUAAAGAAAUGGCUAUACACUGGGAGGGCUUUGGCGAGAAGCUGUUCCAAUAUUAACUGAAGGGUGAUUUUUUUUAAAAGAAACAAUUUAAUCUUGAACAACUUGUGACCCUUGGACAUAGGAAUAUAACUGAGGAGUCGUGUGUGCUUAAAGAAAUAUAUCAGGUGUUCUGUAUUUUCCUUUGAAUGUUUAUUUUUCUCUCUCUCUUUCAUGAUUACCUAUUCUAUAUUGCUGUUCUGAAACCUAAUUUAAAAAAAAAGAAAAGAAAACCAGUGGAAAGGAGGAAGCUAAAGAUUUGUUUUUGAUUGUUGUUUUACAAAUCAAUGAAUGUCUCUCAUCUUCUUGAGUCCUUUUCUAGUUUCCGUUCUCUUUUGACUAUGAUGCAACCCUCCGCUGUGCUCUGCUCCCCUGUGCUUCAUCUCAUUGUUUCGCUUCGAUUUUCUUUUCUUUUCUCAGCUUUGUCACGCCCUAUCGAUCUUUGAUUAUUCCAGCAUUUCCCUAUGCGUGACAACGUCAGACAGUCUUGUGUGUGUUGCCUGAAAUGUAUGUUGUCAGUGGUUAAAAUUUUUACAUUUGUGUUUUUUUUUUUGUUUGUUUGUUUGUUUUUCGUUUGUUUUGUUUUGUUUGACUUUUGUUUAGUGUGUUUUGUCACUGUUGUCAUCUCAUCCUUUACAUGUCUGUUUGUAAUGAUAAGCUUCGAGAAAACAUGUUGCGGUGAGACGGUUAGUCUCUCCGUUUAUUUUAUUUCCAAGACACCUGUAUGCAGAAUAAAUGACGCAAAUAACAGUA